AUGGGUUUUAAGAUUAGAAAUUUCACAGGCGACCCUUUUGCUAUAGCCACUGUCUCCUUUGGUCUUAUAGCAUGGAUAGUUGCAUUAGCCGGUGCAGCUGCAUCGUCUCAAGGCUCAUUCCCACAUUUCACGUGGUGGGGUAUUGCUUAUCAAAUAGUUAUAAUAUUGGUGAUCACCGUGCUAUACUUGAACAACAACAUCGAAUUGUACAAAUUCACAUUGGUUGGUUUGGUCAGUAUCGGGUUUAUUUACACUACAAACUCAACAAACAACUUGGUGUACAACUCUUCCUCAUCAGGCAACUUGUGUUGUGCAGCCGGCUGUAUCUUGUUGAGCAUUUUGAAUCUUAUAUGGAUCUUGUAUUUUGGUGGUCACCCAGAAUCACCAACAAACCAGUUUAUCGACUCCUUCAGUUCAAACAAGUAUGCUAAUGAAUAUAUUGGCAGAUCAUCAGUGCUGAAAACAGAGCCGUUUGAUGACCAGCAAGGUUUCAACUCUGCUGCAAGCAAGAGAUUCACAUCAACGGGAAUAAGCUUACCCCAAGAAAAUGUGAGCCAAAUGUCACAAACCAACACUCACUCACAACAACAACAACAACAACAACACUCUACAAAUGCAGCAAAUGCAUCAAACGCAACAAGUUACUUCCCACUGACACAAUUGCACGGCUUGGAAAAUUCGUCACAGGACAUGAUGGGCUCAGCACCGCGUGACUUGACCCAAAAUACAAACACAAACAGUAGUGGAACAAAGAGAAAUACUUUAUAUACAGACUCCGAAGGUGGCACUGGAAUUACAUUUAGAUACAAAGCCAAGGCCCUCUAUAGUUAUGAUGCUAAUCCCGAUGAUAUUAACGAAAUUUCAUUUAUUAAAGACGAGAUUUUAGAUGUUGACGAUGUUGAUGGAAAAUGGUGGCAGGCCAGAAGAGCCAACGGACAAGUGGGUAUUUGCCCUUCGAAUUAUGUUAAAUUGAUCGAUACAUAG